AUGAAGUUCCUCCUCCACUCCCACUUCCCAGCCGGCCAUGCCUACCCCAUGCAGGCCCUGGCCCAGGCCCUCGUCGCCCGCGGCCACGCCGUCGUCUGGCUGACGAGCCCGGACAACGAGGCCCGCGUCCGCGCCGUCCCGGGGGCCCUCUUCGUCGCCGCCCGUGCCCUCGCCGACCUCGACGCCCCGCUGGCCCGCGUCCACGUCACCGGUCUCUUCACCGAGGAGCCCCGCCUUUUGCUCGACCGCCGCCUCGCCGCCCAGGUCGCCGACUAUCGCGCCGUCCUCGCUGCCGGCUUUGCGCCCCAUGUCCUCGUCGUCGACGUCCUGCCUCAUGGCGCUCGCGCUCUGUGUGACCUCGCCGAGAUUCCCGUCUACGCCACCCUCGGCGUCGUUCCCCUCUACACUUCCAACGCCUCUGCUCCUCUUCCCGCCUCCGGCCAGGCCCCUGCUUCGCAUUCGCUGACCUCCUGGCUGCGUAUUGCCGUCGGCGCCCUUCGCCACGCCUGGAACCAGUGGGCAUUGCUGCCGCUACGUCUCAGACGUGUCAUCAAUCUGCAAAGAGCCGCGCUCGGCCUCGACAGCUUGCCCUACGGUGAGCCCGCCGAGUACUUCUCGUACAGCGGCCAUCUGCAUCUGCAGGCCUCCUCGCCAACGCUCGAGUUCAAUCAACUACCCAGGCCCCGGCAGCACAACAAAAACACUGCCUUUGUAGGCCCUCUCGUCACCCGACCAAAUGUCUCCUCCAAUCCGCAGUUGCCGUCAUGGUGGCCCCAAGUCAUCUCCCACGAGCGCGUCGUGGGCAUCACCCAAGGAACCUUGGCCAUGGACCCCACGUCGCUCAUCAUUCCAUCCAUUCAAGCGCUCCAACAUGAGCCGGGGACUCUUCUCGUCGUCGUCUCACCUCACGCAAAGGAGAUUGAGUCUCGCGUUGGUAGUCCACCCAAUGUGCGCUUUGCUGAGUGGCUGCCGUACCACGUCCUCUUGCCCCAACUUUGUCUCCUCAUUACCAACGGCGGCUACGGCAGCAUUACCCAAGCGCUCUCGCACGGUGUCCCCCUCCUGUGCGCCGGCCAGUCGGAAGACAAGCGGGAUACGGCUGCCAGGGUCGUCUGGUCCGGCGUUGGGGUCGACCUCCAAACAGACAGCCCGUCUCCAGAUCAGGUCAGAGCGGCAGCUCGCGAGAUUUUCCAUGACGAUAGCUACCAGGCGAGAGCCCGGAUGCUUGGGAGCGAGCUCAAUGCCCUUGGUGGCGCGGAUCGGGCUUGCGACUUGCUGGAAGAGUUGGUGAGAAUGUCAACAGCCGAUUAA